AUGUCGGGUGAGGAGUCACAGAAGAAGGUGUUUGAUGGAGAAGCAGCGUCUUUACUUGUGAAGGAGUUGAGAGGAAGCUUUGGCUCUGGAAGGACGCGAAGUUAUGAGUGGAGAGUGUCGCAGGUGAAGGCUCUAUUGAAGUUGGUGGCUGAUAACGAGCAACAGAUUGUCGAUGCUCUUCGUUCCGACCUCGCUAGACCCCCACUCGAAACCGUCGUCUACGAGAUUGGUAUGUUUAAAAACUCAUGUGAAGUCACACUGAAGGAAUUGAAAAAUUGGAUGAUGCCAGAAAAGGUCAAAACUUCAAUCACAACUUUUCCUUCUGCAGCUGAAAUAGUACCUGAACCGCUGGGUGUCGUGUUAGUCAUCUCAGCAUGGAACUAUCCAUUUUUGUUGUCUCUUGAUCCAGUCGUUGGAGCUAUAGCAGCUGGUAAUGCUGUGGUUCUAAAGCCAUCAGAAAUUGCUCCUGCCACAUCGUCACUGUUGGCAAAAUUGUUAGAAAAGUACAUGGAUAACUCCUCUAUAAGAGUUGUCGAGGGGGCAGUUGAUGAGACAACCGCACUAUUGCAGCAAAAGUGGGACAAGAUUUUCUAUACAGGUAAUGGAAGAGUGGGACGCAUAGUGAUGACUGCUGCUGCGAAACACCUUACACCAGUUGUGCUGGAGCUUGGAGGAAAAUCUCCAGUUGUUGUUGAUUCAAAUGUCAAUUUGCCGGUAGCAGCUAGAAGGAUAAUUUCAGGCAAGUGGGGAUUGAACAAUGGACAAGCAUGCAUUUCUCCAGAUUAUAUAAUAACAACAAAAGAAUAUGCUCCCAAGUUGGUGGAUGCUCUAAAGACUGAAUUGGAGAACUUUUAUGGAAAGAAGCCGUUGGAAUCAGAAGAUUUGUCCCGCAUUGUGAAUUCCAACCACUUUGCUCGCUUGAAAAAGCUAUUGGAUGAUGAUAAAGUUUCGGGCAAGAUUGUUUAUGGAGGUGAAAAGGAUGAAAGCAAAUUGAGGAUUGCCCCCACUAUUUUAUUGGAUGUUCCACGAGAUUCUCUGAUAAUGGGUGAGGAGAUAUUUGGUCCAUUGCUUCCCAUCAUCACGGUCAAUAAACUGGAAGAAAGCAUAGAUGUGAUCAACUCAGGAACAAAGCCCCUCGCUGCAUAUUUAUUUACAACCAACAAAAAGUUCAAGGAGCACUUCGUAACCACUGUUUCUGCCGGGGGAUUGCUUGUCAAUGACACAGUCCUACAUCUGGUGGUUCAUACUUUGCCAUUUGGGGGAGUUGGUGAGAGUGGAACGGGUGCAUACCAUGGGAAAUUCUCCUUUGAUGCAUUUACACACAAAAAAGCAGUACUUUAUCGUAGUUUUAUAGGUGAUGCGUCAAUAAGGUACCCACCAUACACGAAUACAAAGAUGAGGUUGAUGAAGGCUCUCAUUGGUGGUGGUAUUCUUAACAUAUUUCGUGCUCUUUUCGGAUGGUCCUAA